CUUUCUUCCUUCCCUCCCACCGUUAACCUUCCCAAAACUCCCCCCUUUUUUUCCGCCUUCCCUUCCUUCCGCGUCGCCGAUGGGCAGGUACAUGAGGAAGGACAAGCAGUCCGGGGAGGUGGCGAUCGUGGAGGUCUCCACCCACCAACCCUCCCUCGGAGUCCGCACGCGCUCCCGGGCCCUCGCCGCAGCCGCCGAGCAGGACUCCCCUCUCGCCUACCUCGAGCUCCGGAGCCGCCGGCUCGAGAAGCCCCUUGCUGCGCCUCACGCCUCCAAGGUCAAGGAGACGGUCCCGAAGACCUCUCCCGCGUCGAUCACUAACCCUAGGAUCGGCGGGCAGAAAUCUGGCACGUCGAGCUCUGGGCCGGCGGUGGGGCCUGCUCGCGGCCCGCGCAGGUGCUGCUCGGACAAGGGAUCGCCGGAUGUGGAGGACUCGUGCGACGAGAACGUUCUUGAGCUGGAUUUGGGAGAAAGAGGGGUGGUGCCCUGCAGUUUGAUAAGGGAUGUUGGCACAAUAGUGACACCGGGUUCUACAACAAAUUCUACAUAUUAUUCCAUUACCACUAAGCAGAGAAAACAAAGUGCUAUCAGCCAGUACAUCCCUUCUAAUCAGGAGAUGGAAGAGUUCUUUGUUGGUCUAGAGAAACCUCAGCAUGAAAAAUUCAUCAAAAAGUACAAUUUUGAUCCUGUAAACGACUGCCCGCUCCCUGGCCGGUACGAAUGGGAAAAACUCAACUCUUGGUGAAUCUAUCUCUUGCGCUCCAAACUGUGGGGUUCAUCAGUGAUCACUUCUUCGUCAUAUUCUUUGACUUGUAAAAAUCCUCUAAUGUAAGUUUAGUUUCAGUUUAGUCUAAUGAUGUAGGACCAAUGGUUAGAGCUGAUAAGAACCACUUAGGCUGAAAAGGAGAAAACAUGUUGAAGCUGUAUUAACUCCUAACAGAUCAAUUCCAUGUGGUCAGUGGAUUCAAUUACCUUUAUUUGUAGUUCAUGGCAUGAAAGACCUAAUUCAGCAAAUAUUUUCUGUCCUUUGGAGUUGAA